GGGGUCGCUGGUGUGGAAACAGCAGGGCCCCCGGCGCGGCUCGGGGAGGAGCGAGCGCAGCGCCGCCGAAGGUGGCUGGCGAGCAGCGGGCUCGGGGGCGCAGACCACUUCGCGGCGAGUUGGAGCCGGCAGCCCGCGGUCCCUGGGCUGUAACCUGACACCGGGGCGAGAGCGCGAGAGCGCGGCGGCGGAGCGCAGGAGGAGGAGAGAAGCCCCCGGCAGCGAGGGAGUGGGAUGGUGACCGCCUCCGCCUAGGCGGACUGCGCGGCGGCGGCGCCCGGGACUCGCGCUCCGAGCCGGGCUCGGGGCAAGCCGGCCAUGGGGAGGGGGCAGCUCGCCUGAGCUCCCGCUAACUUCUUCCCUCCCCCCCCCCCGGGCGGAGCGGGGCAGGCGGAUGGAGGAUGCGCUGUCCCCGGCGGGCUGUGUGACCCGGGGCCGGCGGCGGGGACGAUGAAGAAGCAGCCGCAGCAGCAGCAGCACAGCGGCUGGGGCUGCCAGGAGCCCCGGCCCCAUGGGGCCCCUUCAGCGGGAGGGGGCCCCGGGCAGGGGGGUGCCUGGAGGAGGAGGCGGCCCCUCUCGCUGCUGCCUUUCCUCUCGCUCCGGGACUACGGCUUCUGCAUGGCCGCCCUGCUGCUCUUCUGCCUGGGCUCCCUCUUCUACCAGCUCAACGGGGGACCCCCGCACUUUCUGCUGGACCUGAGGCACUAUCUAGGAAAUUCCACUUAUUUGGAUGACCAUGGACCACCCCCGCGCAAGGUACUUCCUUUCCCUAGCCAAGUGGUGUACAACAGAGUUGGAAAGUGUGGGAGUCGAACUGUGGUUUUGCUUUUGAGAAUCUUGUCGGAGAGACAUGGGUUCAACCUGGUUACAUCAGACAUUCAUAACAAAACCAGAUUGACCAAAAAUGAACAAAUGGAAUUGAUUAAAAAUAUAAGCACUGCUGAGCAGCCCUAUUUAUUCACUAGACACGUUCAUUUCCUCAACUUUUCAAGGUUUGGAGGAGAACAGCCAGUGUACAUCAAUAUUAUUAGGGAUCCCGUCAACCGAUUUUUAUCAAACUAUUUUUUCCGUCGAUUUGGAGACUGGAGAGGGGAGCAAAAUCAUAUGAUCCGCACCCCAAGUAUGAGGCAAGAAGAAAGAUAUCUAGAUAUUAAUGUAUGUAUUCUUGAAAACUACCCUGAAUGUUCCAAUCCCAGGUUAUUUUACAUCAUACCGUAUUUCUGUGGACAGCAUCCAAGAUGCAGGGAGCCUGGGGAAUGGGCCCUCGAAAGAGCAAAACUGAACGUGAAUGAAAAUUUCCUGCUUGUGGGGAUUCUGGAAGAGCUAGAGGAUGUGCUGCUUUUACUGGAAAGAUUCUUACCUCAUUACUUCAAGGAUGUGCUCAGCAUCUACAAAAACCCAGUGAUGCCACUGAGAUCUACUGAGGUGAUGUCAGAUUUACCCAGAUAUCCUUGAGCUCUUCACCACCUCCUUUCUUUAUGUGGCAGCGACCCUCUGCCUCAUGAGGGAACAUGGUCCAACUCUGAAGGUUCAUAUCUGGGGAGAUCUUGGUACGUGGUUUCCUCUCCCGUGUCUUGCUGUGUGAGAGCAGAAUUUGCCCCUGUCUUUCCUGCACAGAUACUGUAGAAUAAUGCCAUUUACUACAGAAAUCUCUGAGCAUCCGUCUCUUUUGACAAUGUUCUUCAUGCUGAAUUAAAUUUCAUUUCCUUUUUAUUUUUAACUAUGUGUUAACACUGAAGAAUAAGUGAGCAGGAACCAGGACCGGCUCUAGGCACCAGCAAAGCAAGCACGUGCUUGGGGUGGCACAAUUUCAGUGGGCGGCAUUGUGGCCAUCCUUUUUUUUUUUUUUUUUUUUUUGAUUGAGCAGGUGUGCUCAGAGCUUGGGGUCGCAAAUUUUAUGCUUGGGGCGGCAAAAAACCUAGAGCUGGUCCUGGCAGGAAUGUCCUUGUUAAUACGCUGCUUCUCUUCUCUACUCCUUGCGCACACAGAUAUUUUGUUUUCACUCUAUUUAUUUUUAAAUUGUGACUAAGUUUGAUGCUCAUGAAUAUAAGGGCUAAUAGAACCAGACAGAGCUAAGAAUAAUGUAGGUAAAUUCCAUGUAAGAGUUCUUAGGCAGCUGUCCUCAGUGCUCCUUAGUGCUGAUCUAAAACACCCUUUGCUGUUCCAUUCCUUAAGAGGUUUCAUGAACACCACUGAUAUUACUAUCAUGACAAAUUACCUGGUUGUGAAAGCCUCAGAUGUCCAGAACUGUCUAUGAAAGGACUACAAAAUGAUUUUCUAUUUGUGACUUGAGCAAGGACUUAAAAUUAGAUCUUCACAGUUGAUGGAUUAGUGCACUAAUCUGCUACAUCACCUAAUGUUUUAAGGGGUUUUACUUUGGCUAUCUUGCAGCUUUUUGAAGAUAAAGGAUGAAUGGUGGGAAAAUGUCAUCAGCUGAAUAUACUGAGAUAAGAAUAACCAGUAAUCACCUAGUCAUGGAACUUUCUGUAACCAUAAACUCCCAACUCACUGCAUUUUGCAAUUUGUAAGAUUGAUUAGCUAGCUAUCAACACUUGUGUGAAGUUCUGAAGCUAAGGAUAGUCAAAUGAAAGCAGUCUUUUUUAGUCACAGGUGAAGAUAGAUUAGGAAGUCGGUUAAGGAAAUGUUAGUUUCACUUGAUACAAUGAAUUAAGGGCAUGGGGAUAAGUCAUUUAUUAACUUGAUUUUAUUCAAAUUAGUAUAAGCUCACAUUCCAUUCAAGUUAAUAUUCAGAUUGGUAUAUGAGGCUGGGACCCGAGCCAGGGGAGGCUGGGAAGUCCAAUAAUUUGAUGAAAAGACCACUGGGUAAUUUUCUAAAAUCAGAGAGAGAAUCUGGAAUAUCUUCCUGAUUUUAGAAAAUUACAUAUUCAUAGUGGUUUGGGAGAGGCCUGCUAGCUGAGUGUGCACUAGCAAGGGCUCUAGCUCCUGUCAUUUGAUCCUUGAUCACCCUUGAUCAUCCUUCCUUGUGAGUUAAGGAGGGGGCAGGGCUGACCUCAGAGAGAAGGCUUAAAAGUCAGACACUAAGGGUACAUCUGCACAGGGAUAAAAUACCCACAGCUGGCCACGGUCAGCUGACUUGGGCUGGGGCUCCAGGCUGAAAAACUGCCGUGUAGAUGUUCGGGCUUGGGCUGGAGCCCAAGCUCUGGGACCUUCCCACCUCACAGGGUCCCAGAGCUCAGACUUCAGGUUUUCAGGCCAGAGCAUGAGUCUGCUGACCUGGGCUAGUCACAGGUUUUUUUAUCCCUAUAUAGAUGUACCCUAAGGGGCCAGAAGGAGCUAGUGAACAGGGGACAGCAAACAGGGAAGUUUGGUAUAGAGCUCCUCUGGUGAAGGAGGAGCAAGUACUAAUUCUUGGAGUGAAUGUGCUUGCUUGUCUGUCUGUUUUUUCUUUUGGCUUGCUUGAAGUUUAGUGUGGUCUCUUUGGGGAUUGUGUAUCUGGGGACUAUGUGGGAGUAGGGACCAGAGGCCUACUAGCCAAGUGUGCACUUGCAAGGCUCUAGCCUCCUGUCCUUUGAUCCUUGAUCACCCUUCCCAGGUAUGUUAAGGAGGGUCAGGACUGGCCUAGGAGAGAAGGGCUUUAAAGCCAGAUGCUAAGCGACCAGGGGAGCUAGCAAAGAGGGGAGUUUGUAGUAAGGAGAAAGAAUAAAAUCACCAUGAUUCAGAAAGGCAGCAUAGCCAAUGCCAACACUGCUGCUGGCUCCUCCACCUGCACCUGUGUCCGAGCAGAGAACCCUGACCACAGAUACCUCUACUCAGGUCCUGGUGUGGAUUUGAACAGACUGUAGCCUGCUUUCCCAUCAUAAAAUCAAGGCUGGGUAGACCAUCCCGUGUUAGAGUGCCUACUGGUCGAAUCUCUCAGGAAGCAGGUGGGAGAGCUACAGGAGGAGGUGGCUAGGCUGAGGAGCACCUGUACACACGAGGAAUUAAUUGAAAUAUGCAUAUGGAGAUAUCCAAGCUUGAGAAGCAAUCCAGCUGGCAAAGACUGCAGUAGCACCACCAGGGAGGAGGAAAUGGCUUCUUCAAAGGGAGGAAACUGGAUGAUGGCUGUCAGGCAGCAGGCAGUGCUCCACAUCGACUACCAACCCAUUGUCCAUAGAGAUUUAAAAAACAGGCUGCUGGCCUGGCAAUGAGGGAUGAGGAAUCUCCCCAAAGGUGGAGGAGGAGCAGCCAUGUUACUCCCAAGGCUUGGAAGAUCACGGCCACCACUCCCAAGAGGAAACAGAAGGUGAUGGUGGUCAGCGACUUCCUUCUAAGAGAGACGGAAGCACCUGACAAGGCAUCCCGGGAGGUGUUCUGCUUGCUGGGACCAAUGUACGAGAUAUUACAGAAGGAUUGCUGAGGAUCAUCCUGCCCUCUGCCCCAUGCUGCUCAUCCAUGUGGGCACUAGUGCUACUACCAGAUAUGACCCUAAGCAGAUGAGAAGUGACUUCAGGGCUCUGGGAGGAAGGUGAAAGAGUUAGGGUGCAGGUGGUGUUCUCAUCAGUUGUUUCAGUCAGGCAGAGACAGACAUAUUCUGAAAGUGAAUGCAUCCACGAGGGCUACAGCUUCCUUGACCAUGGGAUGCUGUUCCAAGAGGGACUGAUGAGCAAAGAUGGGUCCACCUAUUAAGAAAGGGGAAGAGCACCUUCGGAUAUGGAUGGGCUGACCUAGUGAGGCAGGCAUAAAACUGAGUUCAAUGGGGAACAAAGGGGACAAAAGCCCACAAGUAAGUCCAAAACAUGGACCUGGGUGAAGGGUCAGAAUCUGGGGGAAACAUGGGCAAUCCCAACAGGGGGCAAAGGAGAGAUGAGGGAAUAUAGAGAUAUCUGUAUACUAAUGCAAGUGUAGAGAACACAGGUACAACUAGAAAUACUAGUGAAUAAUCCCAGUUAUGACAUAAUUGGCAUAUAGAGACACUGUAUGAUUUACAUUACUGGAAUAUUGGUAUAGAAUGGAAUAGCUUAUCAGGAAGGACAGGCAGGGAAAAAAAGGGAGAAGGUGUUGCCUUGUAUAUCAAAGAUGUAUAUGCUUGCACUGAGGUUGAGAUAGAAAUGGAAGGCAGACCUGUUGGAAAGUCUCUGGGUAAGGAUAAAAGGGGUAAAAAACCAAAGGUGAUGAUAUGAUAGGGGGGUCUACUAUAGAAGAAAAGGUUGAGGGAGCUUUUUUUAAACUACGAAGAACAGGUUUGGUGGUGAUGCAGAACUUCAACUACCUAGACAUCUAUUGGGAAAAUAAUACAGCAGGCACAGAUUAUCCAACAAGUUCUCGGAAUGAACUGCAGACAGUUUUUUAUAACAGAAGUUGGAGAGAGUGACUAGGGGAGAGGUUGUUCUAGAUUUGCUUCUGACAGAUAAGCAGGAACUGGCUGAGAUGUGAAGGUGGAAGGCAACUUGGUUGAAAGUGAUCAUGAAAUGGUAGAAUUUUUUAUUCUAAGAAGCGGUAGGAGGAAAAAUGGCAGAAUAAAGACAGUGCACUCAAGAAGGCAGACGUUAGCAAACUCAAAGAAUUGUAGGCAAGAUCCCAUGGGGAGCAAGUCUAAGGGAAAAGAGAGUCCAGGAGAGUUGGCAACUAUUUAAAGAGACAGUAUUAAGGGCACAAGAGCAAACUAUCCCAACAUGUACAAAAGUGUGGUAAGAGACCACUCUGGCAUAACCAAGAGAUCUUCAAUCACCUGAAACUCAAAAAAGAGUUGUACAAAAAGUGGAAACUAGGUCGGAUUACAAAAGAUGAAUAUAAAAGAACACAAGCAUGUACAGAUAAAAUUAGAAAGGCCAAGACACAAUCAAGAUUAAAUUAGCUAGGGACAUAAAGGGUAACAAGAAAAUAUUUUACAAAUACAUUAGAAGCAAGAGGAAGACCAAGGAUAGUUUAGGCCCGUUACUCAGUGAGAAGGAAAAGACAAUACAGAAAACGCAGCAGCAGCCCAAAUGUUAAAUGCCUUCUUUGUUUUCAGUUUUCACCAAAAGGUUAGCAGUGAUUGGAUGGCUAACAUAGUGAAAUUCAGUGUAAAUGGAGUAGGAUCUGAGACUAAGGCCAUAUCUCCACUACAUGGUUGUCAACUUAAGUUAUGUUGACAACCAUAAACCUCUGUAUUUUGCAUCACUUGUGCAUGUUCACACAACAUGUUACCCCAGAAUUUGACAUUCCUACAUGUACCCUAGAAUUUGACAGUACUGCAGUCAGCAAUUUUGAAUUUUCAGCCACAGCCAGCUGAAAACUAAAGAUCACAUAGCUAGGAAAAUCUUAGGCCCUGAGAGGCACAUUUGCAGCUUUGCUAUCAAAAUGGGAGAAUGGGAUAAGAAGUGAAUUUAUUGUGAGAAUAGAAGGAAUGUUUGGGUGGCCGACCUUGAUCGUAUGAGCCCUGACAGCUUUGACAUGUAAGUUUUAUUAUUAUGACUAGAAAUGUUUUGAUUAUAAGAGAUAAUGUGUAGUUUUGCUGAAAGUAGGAGAAUUGGUGACCCAUUAAGAGUUACCAUGGUAACCCACUAGGAGUCACAAUAGGUUAUGUGCUUUGUUUGAAAUUAGCUAUAAAAGAUUAGGCGAAAGAAUUUGCUUUGGAGCAGUCCGAGGAAGCUUUCUUUGGGCAAGGAUAUGAUAUCCCAGUGGCUAGACCAAAGGUGGGACCCCCCUAAAGCCUGUCUGCUGAUCCCUCAGAACCGUUUCAGACUUUUUGGGUAACAAUAAAUGUUUUGAAAUGCUUUAACCCUACUGUGACAGCGUGUGUGUGUGCUUGAGAUCUAAUAAAAAAAAAGUUUAGAUGAAA